AUGCGCCUUUCCAAAGCCCUCAUAGACAUGGAGAUGGCAGAUUAUAGCGCGGCGCUAGACCCGGCUUACACCACGCUGGAGUUUGAGAACAUGCAGGUGCUGGCUAUGGGCAGUGACACGUCUCCGUCAGAAGCGGCCAACCUCAACGCUUCCGGCGGCAUUGGGGUGAGCACGCUGUGCGCCAUCUGCGGGGACCGCGCCACGGGGAAGCACUACGGCGCUUCCAGCUGCGAUGGCUGCAAGGGCUUCUUCAGGAGGAGCGUCCGGAAGAACCACAUGUACUCCUGCAGGUUUAACAGGCAGUGUGUGGUAGACAAAGACAAAAGAAACCAGUGCCGGUACUGCAGGCUUAAGAAGUGCUUCCGAGCAGGAAUGAAGAAGGAAGCUGUACAGAAUGAACGGGACCGAAUCAGCACCCGCAGAUCAAGUUACGAGGACAGCAGCUUGCCCUCCAUCAAUGCCCUCCUGCAUGCAGAAGCCCUGGCACAGCAGAUAUCAUCCCCGGUCCCUGUGCUCAACGGAGACAUCCGAGGGAAGAAGAUUGCCAAUAUUUCCGACGUGUGUGAGUCCAUGAAGCAGCAGCUGCUGGUGCUGGUGGAGUGGGCCAAGUACAUCCCCCCGUUCUGUGAGCUGCCCCUGGAUGACCAGGUAGCGCUGCUACGUGCACACGCAGGGGAGCACCUGUUACUGGGAGCUGCCAAGAGGUCCAUGGUGUUCAAGGAUGUCUUGCUCCUAGGAAAUGAUCACAUCAUCCCACGGAACUGCCCCGAGCUGGUGGAGGUGAACCGUGUGGCCAUCCGCAUCCUGGACGAGCUGGUCCUGCCCUUCCAGGAGCUGCAGAUUGAUGACAAUGAAUAUGCCUGCUUGAAAGCCAUCAUCUUCUUUGACCCAGAUGCCAAGGGCCUGAGCGACCCGUCCAAGAUCAAGCGGAUGCGGUACCAGGUGCAGGUGAGCCUGGAGGAUUACAUCAACGACCGGCAGUACGACUCGCGCGGCCGCUUCGGGGAGCUGCUGCUGCUGCUGCCCGUGCUGCAGAGCAUCACCUGGCAGAUGAUAGAGCAGAUCCAGUUCGUCAAGCUCUUUGGCAUGGCUAAGAUUGACAACCUGCUGCAGGAGAUGCUGCUGGGAGGCUCAUCAAGUGAAACGCCGCACGCCCACCACCCCCUGCACCCUCAUCUGAUCCAGGAGAACCUGGGAACAAACGUCAUUGUGGCCAACACAAUGCCUCCUCAGAUGCACAACGGGCAGAUGUGUGAGUGUGUGAGGCCCUCUUCUAAUUUGGUUUCUCUCUCCUCAGCUACUCCAGAAACUCCGCAGCCUUCUCCGCCCGCGGGCUCAGGAUCAGAGCAGUACAAGCUGCUGCCUGGAGCCAUUGCAACCGUGGCAAAGCAGCCCGCGUCCAUCCCGCAGCCUGCCAUCACAAAACAGGAGGUCAUCUAGCAACCCCACACCAGCCAGCCUCCUUGGGAACACUGUGUGGGAGAAAAGCCCCACCUGACUGUGCCACUGUGAAAAGAGAAGCCAUCCAGAGGUGCCUGGGCACGAACACACGGACUUGCUUAUUGGACUGACCACCACCAGAAGCUGUCUUCCUGCAGCUACGGACAGCGUGUGCCACGGGCAGCCCCAGAGACCCAGAACUAAGGCUGAAGCCUUGCUGAAACCCUCAGUCCUUGUAAGGAGGGCCAGAUUCCUGCCUCGCUCUGUGGGGAGGUCGCAGUGACUGGCUGGGGACAGGCUGUCACCCCGCUGCCACCUCAGCACUGGCUCAGCACACAGCUGACCCUGCGAACAAGCAAUUCCCUGUGCCGUGGGGAGGGCUUCCCUCCCACAGCCAUGCCAGCCCCCCUGACAGGCCCCAGUCCAGCCAGACUUGGUGGAGGUGGAAGCUCCCCCAGGAGCAUCACAGCAGGUGAAGCACAUGGGGUUUGCCCAGGCAGCACUGCCAGAACUGCUCCUCAGCCUUGGCUAGUCCCAAGUGUGGUGUCACUCCUCAGCACACUGAGCCCCCAGCCAGAUCUAACAAACCUUUUCAGCUGAUGCUGGGGCAAGGUCUGACCCACCAAGAUACUGCACUAUUUGGAUCCCUCUGCCUCUUGAGGGGUUUUGAUAUUUCCGUGCCAGGCCUGCCUCGCACAAUGCUCGCAGAGGCAACCACUGCCAAACCUUUCCCUUGCCCCACUCACUGCCUCCUGGGAAUUUGUGGGACCGUGGGAUUCCAGAGGCUUCAGCUAAUGGGAUGGGGUCACCCCUUUACAGGCUGGCAGCACUGCCCAAAUUGUCACUGUGCCAGCUACCGCUCCUCAGCUGUCAGAAGAAGACCACUGGAUGCCUAUUUGGAAGGAAGUGGGGGAAAGAUGUAGGAAAGGGAGAGACCAGUGGGGUGAGAAGAGCUUGAGCCUCACAGACUGGACCAAGGUCUUGGGCUUUCUGAGUGCUGGGAGCAUUGGGACCCAGGAUAUCAGUUCAGACCCGACUUUAAUGCUAAGAUAUGCCACACAAUCUACUUCUCCAGUGCAGUGCCACUCCUUCAGCUCAGAGUGAGUGGCUGAUAACAGAUUUAUAGGUUUUCAUAAUAUGAUAAUAAUUCGUUAUGACUCCUUCAGACCUCAGAGUGUUCGAGAGCACCAACCUCAAAAAUACAGCUCCUCGAGUCCUGCAGAGAAAAGCGACAGAGGUCAAGCAAUAACCCUGUCUCACCCAAGCCCCUUGGGUCUGCCCCAGCCUUGGGUCUGCCCGCCCUGCUCUGCUCCCUCCUGCCCCUGUCCCUGUUCCCCUGUGCCUGCCUGUGCCAAAACCUCUGGAUCUGACCUUUGGUUUACAGCUGAAACCAGGAAAGGAGCCCUCCUGCUCCCUGUGCCAGCAGGGCUGCAGCUCCCAGAGCCUGAGGCACUGCUGGCCUCUCGGGAGGAUGAGGAUGGUGACCCACGGCUGCCAAGAGGUCUCUGGUGGGGACAAAUCUGAGCCAGCUCAGCCAGAGGAGCUGCACGUCUGUCCCUUGAUUUCCAAUGCAAAAAUGAAACACCUCGUGCUGGCGGUGUCAGAGCUAUUGUAUGGUCUCAAUGCUGGUGGCAUCGUACCAAGUAAUUUAUUGCAAUGAUGAAUCCAAUCAUUUUCUGUAAAUUAUUUUGUAAAUCACAUUGAUUAUUUAUAAUUGGGAGAUUAAAUGAAAAAAAAAAACAACCAAAAAAACCCAACCCUGUAAUAACCAGGCUGUCUUUUCCAACAGCAGCAACCUUUU